AGUAGAAGCCUCUCUCUCUCUCAUUUUGUGGUUUAUCACACUCCAAAGAAACAGAGACUACUCUCUCUCGCGCUCUCUCUCACAAACACAGAAUUCGCAACCGCUGUUGCUAAAAAUGAGUUGGUGGUGGGCCGGAGCUAUUGGCGCUGCAAAGAAAAAAUUCGAAGAAGAUGAGGCAACGAUCAAACAUCAUAGCGUGGCUCUAGUAAUCGGUGUCACCGGCAUCGUGGGCAACAGUCUGGCGGAAAUCCUCCCGCUCGCCGAUACCCCCGGCGGCCCCUGGAAGGUCUACGGCGUUGCCCGCCGUCCCCAGCCGUCUUGGAAUGAUGACAAUCCAAUUCAAUACAUCCGAUGCGACAUCUCAGAUCAUGAGGAUGCUCAAGCAAAGCUGUCACCGCUAACGGAUGUCACACACAUCUUCUAUGUCACAUGGACCAAUAGAUCCACGGAGGCUGAGAAUUGCAAAGCCAAUGGCAAAAUGUUAAAGAAUGUGCUUGAUGCAGUUAUCACCAAUUGUCCUAAUUUGAAGCAUAUUUGUUUGCAAACAGGAAGGAAGCAUUACAUUGGUUCAUUUGAAUCCUUUGGAAAGAUAAGACCUCACGAUCCUCCUUUCCACGAGGAUUUGCCACGUUUGGAUUGCCCGAAUUUUUACUAUACUCUUGAGGAUAUCCUGUUCGAGGAGGUGGAAAAGAAGGAGGGAUUGACGUGGUCGAUUCAUAGGCCAGGGAUAAUAUUUGGAUUCUCUCCAUUUAGUAUGAUGAACUUAGUUGCUACCCUAUGUGUUUAUGCCUCCAUAUGUAAGCACGAGGGUAUGCCAUUGAGGUUUCCAGGAAGUAAGGUUGUGUGGGAUGGAUAUUCCGAUUGUUCUGAUGCAGAUUUGAUUGCUGAACAUCAGAUAUGGGCGGCAGUGGAUCCCUAUGCUAGGAAUGAAGCGUUCAAUAUCAGCAAUGGGGAUGUUUUCAAGUGGAAACAUUUCUGGAGGAUAUUGGCUGAGCAAUUCGGGAUGGAAUAUGAAGAGUUUGAGGAGGGGAAGAAUCUGACACUGCUGGAGAUGAUGAAGGAUAAAGGGAAGGUCUGGGAUGAAAUUGUGCGGGAGAAUGGAUUAACACCUACUAAAUUGGAGGAUGUCGGGGUUUGGUGGUUUGCCGAUACUAUGCUUAGCUUGAAAUGUUUAUUGGAUACCAUGAACAAGAGCAAGGAGCACGGUUUUCUGGGAUUCCGGAAUUCUAAGAAUUCAUUCAUUUCAUGGAUUGACAAGUUGAAAGCCUACAAGAUCGUCGCUUAACUUGAUCUUCUUCUAUGCGUUUUUGUUGUAUUUGUUUGCUUCCUCAGUUUGAUACUUGUGUUUUCUUGGUGUGUUGUAGCGUGUUUAAUGUCUUCCGUUUUGAUUUAGAUAGCUUCUGCUUAUGCUUGUGACAAGUAGAAGAAGAGAAGUAGAAGUCCGGGCUUUUGAGUUAGUGUUUGAUAACCAAUUUUAAAAGAGCUUUUUUCUUCCGGAAGAGCUUUUACUUGUGUUUGGUAUGAUCAUGCCAAAAGCUAUUAUGGCAUUAAAAAUGUCAUUUUUACCCUUAA